GAUAAUGUUCAUUAAAAGAGGGCGUAUGCAUACAGAUUACACGUGGCGUGUCAUGAGUCAUGUCUCAUGACAAUCCACAAGACUAAUCAAAGCUUCAGAGAGAGAGUUCUUCAAGUUGAAGUUCAACAGUACACUAGUUAAUUGAGGAACAGCAGUGAACAGAAGAAGAAGAGUGUCCAAAGAUGUUUUGUAAAUGUGGUGAACGGUUUGUUGGAAUGUUUUGCCAUGGCUGCGGGUCGAAAGCUGUGGAUAAAAAACCUCCACAAAUAUCUACGAGUAGGUCAGUUUUACCUCCACAUAUAUUGAAUGUGAUUCAUGAGAGGAAGAGGGCAAUACAAAACUCACAAAGAUAUAGAGAUGAUGUGUUUCGAUUACAAAAUCCAAGUGCUACCAUUGGAAUGCGAAAUCUGAACCUUGUAUCUUCUGAUGCAGCACAAGACGCUCUAAAUAGAUUAAUGGAAAGGCGGGAGAAAGAUAUUAACCAGAAAAAAGGGGAAAAGACUGUGAAAGUGAAAGUUGAAGAUGAGGUUAAAAAGACUGAUACAAGCAAACGAACCAUACAUGUUCAUUUGGUUACAAAGAAAGGCGAAGACAUCAAGCCUAAGAUCAUACAGUUCUCACAAGCCCACAAGUUCAUAAUUCUUCAGGCAGAUGAGUCUGAAACAAGUGAGGAAUGGGUAGCGAUGAUCAACUCACUUAUACCAGGAAUAGAUUUCUCUAUUGUAACACAUGACUCCAAUGGAGUUCUGAGUCAAAAGACUUCAGGAGGUUAUAUAUCAGAACAACUGCAAAAGACAGGUGUAGAACCACCAACAGCUACUUCUACAUCAAGCAUAACUUCAAAGGUGUCCGCCUCAGCAAUGUCUCCUCCAAAGUGUCCAAAAGCUGGAACUUCUACAUCUACAUCUGGAGAUGAAAUUGUUUCCAUGGACCCAGAGUUUAAAGACCCAUAUGAAGUAAGCAGUGAUGAUGAUUUUUUGGAAGACCCAGAAAUAGCAUUUGUUUUAGACAGUCAGAGUGCUGUUGUAAAAAAGGAGAUGCAAACGCCUGUUCUAAAGAGGAAAUUAAAAGAUGACCUUCCUGACAUUCAAGUGACAAAGAGAAGAACACUCGAAUCACCUAACACAAAACAAAGAAAGGAUGCACCUAGCAGUGAUACAAAGAAUACAAAAGUCAAGCACAGAAAGCAAAUAUCAACAGAACGGUACUUGGAAAUCAUAAAGUCACCAGGAAAGCAUUAUAUACAUAUCAUCAUGAAUGAUAUGGCAACAAAAUUACUCGUGCCAGUCAUGUUGACCUUAGAAGAUCUUCACCAUGUGGUAUGCUCUCAAGAGGGGGUGCCUCAAAGCUACGAACUAUUCGACCUUGAUGAUCAGGUUUUGAAAGAACCAAUACUAGUAACAGACGUUAUUAUUGUGAAGGCUCAAGACACUGGAACUGUAACCAACUAUGAGUAACACUGCAAAAUAGGACUAUACUUAAUACCUCAUGCACUCCAUAACAUGUAUAUCCUAUGGAUAAUAAAGUUAGAUUACACACUUA